GAGGAGAGAGCGGGGAGGGACUGCCUCUGUGCUGCUGACAGCGGCGUGAGCGAUGCUAGUUAAGGGCUGAGGACAGAGACCAGGAGCAGACCCAGCGGAAAAAAACAUCCAGCCCGAGCUUUGUUCCAGCGGCGCCAUCCUGAACGAACCUGAGCACUGCGAGCCAUGUCGGUUUUAGCUCUGCAAGAAUAUGAAUUUGAGAGGCAGUUCAACGAGGAGGAAGCCAUCCGAUGGAUGCAGGAGAACUGGAAGAAGUCCUUUCUUUUUUCGGCGCUCUACGCUGCCUGCAUCCUGGGCGGCCGCCAUGUCAUGAAACAAAGGGAAAAGUUUGAGCUGAGGAAACCUCUGGUGCUUUGGUCUCUCACACUCGCUGUGUUCAGUAUCUUUGGUGCAAUCCGGACCGGGAGCUACAUGACGUUCAUCCUGAUGACCAAAGGGCUGAAACAGUCGGUCUGUGACCAGAGCUUCUACAACGGGCCAGUCAGCAAGUUCUGGGCUUACGCCUUCGUUCUCAGUAAAGCACCUGAACUGGGGGACACACUCUUCAUCGUCCUGAGGAAACAGAAGCUCAUCUUCCUCCACUGGUACCACCACAUUACCGUGCUUCUGUACUCCUGGUACUCAUACAAGGACAUGGUAGCAGGCGGCGGCUGGUUCAUGACCAUGAACUACUUGGUCCACGCCGUCAUGUACUCCUACUACGCCCUGCGGGCGGCCGGCUUCAAGCUGUCGCGCAAGUUUGCCAUGUUCAUCACGCUAACCCAGAUCACCCAGAUGCUGAUGGGCUGCGUGGUGAACUACCUGGUGUAUUCAUGGAUGCAGCAGGGCCAGGAGUGUCCAUCCCACAUGCAGAACAUUGUGUGGUCCUCAUUGAUGUACCUCAGCUAUUUUGUGCUCUUUGUCCAGUUUUUCUUUGAAGCCUACAUCGGAAAGUCCAAAUCACCGGCCAAGACUGACGCUAAGAAGAGCGAGUAGAGAAAAUACCAAAAGUAUGGGUUGAAGGGAAAUGAUUUAUUAAAAGGGAUUUGGGAAUGAAGAGCAGGGACCAGUGACACGAGAAGGAAUUGGGGCGGGAGGAGAAAAUGUGUCGUGGUGUU